CCACCUGUUCAGCUUCCCGCCGACGCCACCCAAGGACGCCACCCCCGACUCGGUGACGGCCGCGUCGUCGACGGCCGCGUCCGCCGUCUCGGAGUACCAGCACGCAGCCGCCGCCGUGGCGCACGCCGCCGCCAUGGGCGUCGCCUUCAUGCAGCAGCAGCAGCACCAGCAGCAACAGCAGCAGCAACAGCAGCAGCAACAACAGCAGCAGCAGCAAGAAGACGGCAGCGUGGUCGGCUACGGCGGCGCGGGGUCCGGCGCGCUCGACGUCAAACCGGGCCUCAACAUGCUCAACUCGCUCGGGGCCGGCGGGGGCGGAGGCGGCGGCGGCGCCGGCGGCGCCAACUGCGCGGGCGGCAACGGCGCGGCGGCCGCGGCGGCGGCGGCAGCGGCGGCGGCGGUCAAGCAGCGGGAAGGUAUGGCGGCCGUCGCGACGUCGUCCUCCUCCUCGUACUCGACGUCCCCAGGGCCCGGCAGCGCCGGCAUGCCGACCGCCAACCACGUGUCCACUGUCGGAGAGUACCCCUACCCGCACCCCCACCACGACAUGGGGUACGCGGCGCACCACCACCACCACCACCCCCUGAACCACCACCACCACCAUCACCACCACGCGAGUACGGCGGCGGCGGCGGCCAUGUUCAGCGCCAAGGCCCUGGCGUCGACGGGCCACGCGCACGCCCACGGCCACGGGCACGGCCACGGCCACGGGCACCCGGGCGCCACGCACGCGCACGCGCCGCAGAACGCCGCCUCGGCCAAUGCCAAAGCGUCGCGGACGAAAUCGCGGUCCAGCGCCGAGGGCCGCGAGUGCGUCAACUGCGGAGCGACGUCGACCCCGCUGUGGCGGCGCGACGGCACGGGCCACUACCUGUGCAACGCCUGCGGCCUCUACUACAAGAUGAACGGCCAGAACCGACCGCUCAUAAAGCCCAAGAGGAGACUGUCUUUGCAGUCGGCGGCGAGGCGGGCGGGCACGAGCUGCGCCAACUGCAAGACGACCACGACGACGCUGUGGCGCCGCAACCAGAACGGCGAGCCCGUCUGCAACGCCUGCGGCCUCUACUACAAGCUGCACAACGUGAACCGGCCGCUGACGAUGAAGAAGGAGGGCAUCCAGACGCGCAACCGGAAGCUGUCGUCCAAGUCUAAGAAGAAGAAGGGUGGCGGCGGCGGGUGCCUGUCGCUGGGCGGCGUCAUGUCGGAUAUGAUGAAGCCGCUGGACGCGGCCAAGGGCGGCGCGGCCGGCUUCGGGGCGGCGGCGGCGGCUGCGGCGGCGGGCGGCGGCUUCGGCGGCGGG